AUGGGUAUGUUUCUCUGCUGUAAUCAGAUCUUUUUUAGUUUUUCUUUCGCUUCUUCGCUCAUCUUCAAAUGUAUUCAAACAAGAGAUUUCUGACCUUAACCAUGUAGCCAGGAAUCUGAUUUCUUUAAAAUCUUCUGGGAAUGACACGUUUUUGUAAGUUUUUUUUAUUUUUUUUGAAAACUGAAUUUUUGAACCUCAAUUUUUUUAAUUGUCCAUAAAAUCUUUAAACUCGAUAUUGAACAUGCCAGACAUAGAUUAAAACAGCUUAAGUAAACAUUAUAACCUUGUAGAGCGAACUGUCUGUUACCAGGCAGGAUGAGUCUAAAGGCCAUAUACGGUGGGCAGUAUGUAGCACUACAGCUGAGGGCAGCUUGUAUGACGGUGUCUGAAGGGAUGCUACCACACUCUACUCACAGUUACUUUUUACAGAGCGGUAAGAACUUUGAGUCAAUUUAAAUUGAGGUUUAGGCACGGUGGAGGCACCAAUCACAGUCAACAUCAAAAAGGUUCGAGAUGGCCAGAGCUUCUGUAAUCGCUACAUGGAAACCGUGCAGAAGGGUACGGUAGUUUAUAUCUUUUUAUCGAGUAAUAUGUUAUUACAGUAACAUUUUUGUAUGUAGCUUAACGUGUUUUAGGCCGAUCGGAAGAGAGGUUGCUGUGUUCUGGAGUGACAUCCUUUCAUGUAGAUGAACCUCCAGCAGUUCGUCAUCUGAAGCCUUUCAAACCGUACGUUGACCCCGAAUCCCUCUUGACCUGGGAAGAUGGCAUCAAAGACGGUCUGAACGAUCCAAACAUUACCCCCUUCCAUCGAAAACUGCUGGAAUGGAAGCUUAAGAACACUCCUAGAUUAUUCAGCAGGAUAUUUGAUGUAAGUUGUCCUUUCUAUGUCAUACUUAAUAUUGUACUAUUAAAAGCAAAUUAAAAAAUAAAAUCUUCACGCUUUUCACUUCAGAUACGAACAACUGAUGUGCCACGAUGGACGAUGCGUACAAGACAUCCUCCUGACGUAGCACCUGAGCACCAAGGCUUCAUAAAGUGUAACUUUUCCCCUGGAGAUGGCCAAGUAGAUCACAGAGUAAUGGCAUCUUUCAUGGGAGAUAUUGUUAUGAUGGAAGGAGCCUUGGUCGACCACAUUAACCAUGGCUUCUUCCCCACAAUGUUGUUCUCGAUCGAUCAGUCAGUUUACUUCCAUACCGACAUUAAUGUCAAUGAGUGGAUGUUCUUUGACGUUCAAAGCCCUGUUGCUGGUAAGAAAUACUACUUACAACUUGUUUACAUGUUAGGAGGGUUUUCGCUUACUAGGGAAUUGCACCAAAUAUCCCUCGGCUUUUUGAACGAGACCUAUAUAGGAUGAAAGGGCAUAAAAAGUUACCGGGAAAACUGUUUUCAAAAACUGCUAAAUGGACUUGGCUAGCGAGUUACAGUAUGCUCUAUAUCCUUAUAUGUUUAAAGGGUAUAGCUUUAAAGUUCAAAAAAUGAUAGUUUUUGAUAAUUAUUUUUUUCUAAAAGUGUUUAAAAACAAAAAAUAACACUUAAAAAAUAUUUUUUUAAUCAAAAUAUUGUUUGGCUAGCCAAAAAUUCCUGUCAGUAUGGCUGGGCGCCAAAAUGAAACCGACGGGAUUCGAACUUCCCCCUUCUGCACCCCCGACUAACUUGUUAACCACUCGACCACAAUGGAUUGAAGUUUCCAUCCAUUCGUUUUGCUCUAGACGAAUGAGAAGGAACAAAUGGAAAACCUUAUGUAAAUCCUUUAAUCGCUAAUAUCUCGCUAGCCGAAUCUAUUUAGCAGUUUUUGAAAACAGCUUUCCCGGUAACUUUUUAUGCUCUUUCAUCCUAUAUAGGUCUCGUUUGAAAAGCCGAGGGAUAUUUGGUGCAAUUCCCUAGUUAGUCUACAAUAAUAAUAGAAACAACUAUAUAAGAUUGCAACUGACUAAACUCAUACGUAAUAAUAACCACCAUGUGAUAUAUUAUUGUAGACAAUGGACGAAUCUUCGCCGAAUGCAAAGUCUGGUCUCUGGACGGUCGACUUCUGAUGACGAAUACUCAAGAAGGCCUUGUACGAUACGACCAAAGCCACCCGAAUAGUCAAGCGCCGACGUAA